AUGGCCGAUUCGGAAGUGGAACGAAAGCACGCAAAGCGCACUGCUCGAGUCAGUUUCGACUGGACUGCCCGAGCUCCCAAUGACUUGCAGAUUGACGGUGUUGAGCUGCUGACAGGGCUGUAUGUGGCGCAAAGACGCCUGCAUCAUGGUCAGCAGGUCUUCCGCAAAGCCGCGAAAGGUGGAUUGCAGGCCAAAGUCCUCUUCUACUGGAAAGAACGCAGCUGCAGUCCGUCUGGCUGGUGGUUCUGCGACGAAAUCGGCAGCCAUUCUGCCUAUGCCUUCGCCAGAGGAGAAGGCGGAGAUCUCUCUGAGCCGCCUGAAGAUGGCUGGGUAGUGCCUGUGCAGGGGCAGCCAGUGCUUCGCGGCCUUUGCGUGAAGAUGCAGCGGGUUCCAAGGGCGAAUCGUGUAGCUUCGAAAACAACACCGAGAUGGCAGCAGGCCUGGGAUCGAAACAGAAUAUGGAGUGGGAGCGAUAACCGCUUCAAAAAGGCCUUGCUUGGUCACUGGCGGGGAACAAACAGGAUGGGCGUACCUCAGACCUACGAAGUCGUGGAGGAGCGGCGCCAGCUGUGGUGCAAGAUCGCAAUCAAAGGGCAAGCGCCCUCAUGGAGGAGGAUCAGUAUCAGCAUCCGCCGAAACAAAGCCUACUUCGGGACCGGGGACAUGAGUCUGGAUCUUGAUGAUGUCAAAAAGCAACCGAAGAAGUUGGUCUGGAGGUCAGAGAGAACGUGGAAGAAGGCGUUCACUUGGAGUUGGGCUGGCUGGUCCUGA